UUUCCCCGGUGUAAUAGACUUGACUCGCCUUUCCUAUGAGCUUGUAUAUGAUAAGAACAGCUUAUAGGUGUGUGCGUGAAAAAUAAGGUUACUGUUUUCCAAUGGCAUCUUAUAAACCGGUCUCGCAUGUGCUUUUCGACAUGGACGGGUUGUUGUUAGAUACAGAGAGGUUGUACACACUCUCUUUCCAGGAGAUCUGUGAUCGGUUUGGGAAGACGUACACAUGGGAGGUCAAGUCCACAGUGAUGGGAAAGAAGGCGUUGGACGCGGCCAGGAUCAUCCGAGACUCUCUGGAACUGCCCAUGACGAGCGAGGAGCUGCUGGAAGAGAGCAGAACAAUACAGGAACGUCUUUUCCCCUCCGCUUCACUGAUGCCAGGUGUGGAGAAGCUGGUCACACAUCUCCAUAAGCACAAAAUCCCCAUCGCCGUGGCUACCAGCUCGGCCGGCGUGACCUUCCAGAUGAAGACAAGCCGCCAUAAAGGCUUCUUCAGCCUGUUCAACCAUGUCGUUCUCGGAGAUGACCCAGAAGUGAAGAAUGGAAAGCCUCAGCCUGACUCGUUCUUGGUGUGUGCCAGCAGGUUUGACCCCCCGGCGAACCCAGAACAGGUGGAUGUUGAAGAGCCUGAGUGCAAGGGAAAACAAGUGGGGGAAGCAGGAUGCUCCAGCAGCUUCUGCCAACUAGCAGCUCCUUUUUCCUCCCUUUCUUUCUUUUCAUCCCCCACUUUUGUUGGCCUUAUGAUGAGAGUCACCACAUUGGCCAUGACAUGAGCAAAUGCAACAUACAGAUGGGCUGCAGGUGAUGUAUCGAUCCAAACCUGAGAACUCAUCAAGCCAUUUCAAGAAAUUGUUCCUUAUACUCAGCAGCAUGGACAUCACUCUGCUUCAACUCCCUCCCUCCCAACAUCACACACACACACACACACACACACACACACACACACACACACACACACACAUAGUCUUUACUCCAGUUCCUCCAACUGAUGAAUAUAUCCCAGUUCAUCAUACGGAGGCCACAGAGCUAAUCGAACCUUGGCCACAGAUGCCGUUACAGGUUAUUUAUUCGUACCAAGAAUUCCGGUCAUUUAGAAGAAGUUAUAGAUUGAGUUUACAUAACUUUGCUUCAACACCAUCAACCUGGACCUUUUACUUGUGAUAGCUGAAUUUCACAAUUUCAGGGCAGAGAGAACUGAUUGUCUGAUUGUAUAUAACGGUAGCAAGAAUGAAACAAUUAGCAAUUGUUUUUGCUAAUGAAGGAAUACCGUUAUGAUAAUCAACGACUGGGUGGCGUGAUGCGGCCUGACACAAAGCAAAGUUACUACUCACAGUGAAGUUGAACAUUUUCCACCAACAGCAAAGUGUUUUAUUCCUCUUAUACAUCAGCGGUUUGCCAGUGAUUAGAGUUAUUAUUAAUUAAAGAACAACACAACAUACUUUUAGAUAAAUCUGGAGCCAGACCUCUACUGAGAAAUCUUAGGGCAAGAGUAGCAAGACAAGUCUUCCCAUGAUGGUACGAGGAAGUAAUCUUGAGUGCAACUAGGACUCAAUUCGGGACUCCUCUGCAUCGAAUAGUGGAGAGUUAUUGUAUACCUAGCCUGCUCAGUUUACACCUGGCCUUCACUGCAACACUGAACAAAUCCAGAAUGAUGUUGGAAAUGUGAGCGAUAUAAUGCUAUUUUGUCCUCGAUUGUCCUUUACUCAUUAAACCUCCAAGACGAAGAGAUCUGCCCAAUACCUGACAUCAGACAAAUCAUUGUCUCAGCUGUCAAAGCUUGUAGAAUUUCGAAUUUCGACAAACACGAUUUCAAUGAAAAUGUAUGUGGGAUUAUCUCAUACAGUGUAGCAAGUAAUAAUCUGGAAAGACCUUUGUAAUAUCACAGUUUAAAACUGGAUUUAAAGAGAAGCAAAUUAGUAAAUGAAUCACAUGUAAAUGAAUCACACGUAAAUGAAUCACAUGAAAAUGUAUCACUUGAACAUGAAUCUCAUGAAUAUGAAUCUCAUGAAAAUGAAUCACAUGUAAAUGAAUCAUAUGUAAAUGUAUCACUUGAAUAUGAAUCUCAUGAAUAUGAAUCUCAUGAAAAUGAAUCACAUGUAAAUGAAUCACAUGUAAAUGA